AUGUCCAAGACGGAGCAAAAGGCCUGCCUCAUCGUCAUUGAUGGCUGGGGCGUCCCCUCCGACGAGAGCCCCAAGGAUGGCGAUGCCAUUGCCGCCGCCAAGACGCCCGUCAUGGACGAGCUCUCCAAGAGCUCCGACGGAUACACCGAGCUCGAGGCCUCGUCGCUGGCCGUCGGACUGCCCGAGGGCCUCAUGGGCAACUCGGAGGUCGGCCACCUGAACAUUGGCGCUGGGCGUGUCGUCUGGCAGGACGUCGUUCGCAUCGAUCAGACCGUCAAGAAGGACGAGCUCAAGGACAACGACGUCAUCAAGAAGACAUUCAAGGGUGCUGCCCAAGGCAACGGGCGGUUGCAUCUCUGCGGCCUCGUCUCCCAUGGGGGCGUCCACUCCAAGCAGACUCACCUCUACUCCCUUCUCAAGGCUGCCAAGGAAUACGGCGUGGCCAAGGUCUUUAUCCACUUUUUCGGCGACGGCCGCGACACGGAUCCCAAGUCUGGCGCUGGCUACAUGCAGGAGCUUGUAGACCACAUCAAGGAGCUUGGCAUUGGCCAGAUUGCCACGGUUGUCGGCCGUUACUACGCCAUGGAUCGUGACAAGCGCUGGGAGCGUGUCGAAAUUGCCCUCAAAGGCAUGUGUCACGGCGAGGGCGAGGCCAGCGACGACCCCGUUGCGGCCGUCAAGGCUCGAUAUGAGCGCGGCGGCGAUAAGGACAAGGACGAGUUCCUGACACCCAUCAUUGUCGGCGGCGACGAAGCUAGAAUCAAGGAUGACGACACUGUAUUCUUCUUCAACUACCGUUCGGACCGUGUGCGGCAAAUAACGCAGCUUCUCGGCGAUGUCGACCGCUCCGUCCUGCCCGACUUCAAGUACACCAAGAUCAACAAGUUGGUGACCAUGACCAUGUAUAAGACGGACUAUCCUUUCGAGGUUGCCUUUGAGCCCCAGCGCAUGGACAACGUCCUGGCCGAGUGGCUCGGCAAGCAAAACGUGGAGCAGGUUCACGUGGCCGAGACGGAAAAGUACGCCCACGUCACCUUCUUCUUCAACGGAGGCGUCGAGAAGGUGUUUCCGCUCGAGACGCGCGACCAGGACCAGGAUUUGGUUCCCUCUAACAAGUCGGUCGCGACCUACGACAAGGCGCCCGAGAUGUCUGCGGCUGGUGUGGCCGACCAGGUCUGCAAGCGUCUCGCCGAGCAACGCUUCCCGUUUGUGAUGAACAACUUUGCUCCCCCCGACAUGGUUGGCCACACCGGUGUCUACGAGGCCGCCAUCGUUGGCUGCGAGGCAACGGACCAGGCAAUUGGUAAGAUUUUGGAAGCCUGCAAGAAGCAGGGCUACGUCCUUUUCAUCACGUCCGACCACGGAAACGCCGAGGAGAUGAAAUUUGCCGACGGUAAGCCCAAGACGAGCCACACGACGAACAAGGUCCCCUUCAUCAUGACCAAUGCCCCAGAGGGUUGGAGCUUGAGGAAGCAAGGUGGCGUGCUGGGAGAUGUCGCGCCGACUGUGCUUGCGGCCAUGGGGCUGCCCCAGCCCGACGACAUGACAGGGGAAUCGCUGCUUGCCAAGGAUCUUAAGAGGAGCGCGGAGUAG